AUGAACAAUUCGGUACUUCACAAUCACAGCACUCCAACUUACUCUUCUUCUUCUUCUCGGAAUCAUAGUCAAAGAGAUGUCCGCUACAGCUGUGGUUCUUGCGGUUAUGACCUUAACCUAUCCUCAUCCAACAGAAACAAAUCAUCAAUAGAUUCGAAAUACGGAAAAUCAAUAAAACGAGGCAUCAUCUCAUUCUUCAACAUUGAUGAUACCAGGUUUACACAGGUUGAUGAAAUUGAAUGUGCUCCUCAUUUUUCUAAGCACUUGUGGGGUUUGUUUCGUCGAAAAACAAAGCUUCGGUGUCGAAAGUGUUGCAAUCAUAUUGGUUAUGCUUACAAUGGUUACACAUCAUCACCAUCUUUUAUUCUAGUGCCAUCAAAUGGAACGGAACCAUCUCCUUCUUCCACUGUAACACCAAGUCAAGUACAGUACAAAAUUCGUAUCCGUGCCUUGCAGCCUUCAUCUUCGGUAGAAUAUAGAAAUGAAAUCUCUGUCUUAGCUUGA